AUGUCUACGUAUAUUGCCGGUGACGAUGUGCAUUUCGACUACGCUAAGCCGGAAGACGUUUGCAAUCAUAGCAAGAGCAGGGCGAAGGAGUCUGCUAGAGGAUCUUCCCCGAGCGUGAGAAACAAUCGUGCAAAUAGCAACGGCGGGGUGAGAAAAUCAACGGGACUCAAGCUGCAAAUGAAACUAAAGAGUCCAGAUGCCGAGUACCCUACCUCCCGCGUGAUACGUCAGGGAACCAAUGGGGAUGUGAUAGUCUCUGAGCUCAAGCAGGAAGUGGAAAAUCCACAAGUCAGACAAAGUGGUAACCACGGGGACAUUUCCAGUGAGACGAUAAACGACGUCGACGUCGAAACAUACUCUACAGACGAAUAUGAAUAUGAUCAAGGCGAAGAUAUCGACGAUAGGGAAACCUAUGACGAUGACGACGAUGACGACGACGACGAUUACGAUAACCAGAAUAGUCAGCAGAAUGACAGGUAUUGCAAUUGUAAUAACCACAAACAUGGAUCACAUCAGCAUGGCUAUCAAGAAUCACAUACGGAUAGCUGGGAGUUGGAGUGCCAGAAACAAAUCAUUCUAUCUCAGUUACGCCAUCCUCCUCAAGGUAAUUAUCUUUGGGAUUGCGACAUAUCUGAAGGGGAAAAAGAGAAAAUUAAACAGUUCUGGUUGAAAUUAUCUGAAGAUAGGAAGAGAGAGAUUGUUGAUGUGAGCAAUGAUGAUGUAAUGAAGAUGAUUCAUGAAGAACAACAGCUCAGUUGUGAUUGCAAAUUCUGUGGCAAUCGCAAACUGAUUCUGGAGAAGGAGCUGGAAAAGCUUUACAGAGAAUACUAUACGCUUCAGAAGUUAGUGCAGAAAGACACAGAUGAAUAUCAGUUGAAUGAGAGAUUAGUGAGUACAUUUUUAGGAAUCAAAGUACCGGAAACCGUUUCCGAGGAAGAAGAAGAAGAGGAGGAAGAAGAAGAACAAGAACAAGGACAAGAACAAGAAGAAGAACAAGAACAAGAACAAGGACAAGAACUAGAAGAAGAACAAGAACAAGACAAAGAUAAAGAUUUUGAGACGAUGCCGAAUGAUGGGAAAAAUGGCACUAAAAGCCAUUUUGAUGAAGUACUUUCUUUAGCAGGCGACAUAAUCAAAAAUGAUGGAAAGAAUUUUAUUCAUAUGAUUGAAAAGCUUGAUAAGACACAUGAUGGGCAUUUGGACAAAACAAUUGACGGAGAUAUGAAUAAAUUGGGAUAUGAAAGAUACAAAGCAAUGUUGGCAGCUUAUCCGAAGCACUUUACCAAAAAGCAAGAGGAAGAAGCACGCAAAAAUUUCGAGCUUUACAUGGAGAUGUCCAAAAAGGGACAUAUGCGGUUGCCAUUUAUGCCAGGGAUGAAGGAGACAGCCCGAGGAAAACCCGACGAAGAGGUUGAAGGUGAAUAUCUAGAUGAUAAUGAAGAGGAUGAAGAUCAAGAUGAAAAGAACAGCAACCGCGACGAAGAAGAAGAAGAAAAGAAGAACAAUGCCGAGCUCGAUGUGGAGGACAACAAAUUCUAUGACGAAGAUGGUGAUGAAAAUGCGCGUGAGGAUGAUGAAGAAAGUCAAUAUACGGAUGAAAAUGAUUAUGAUAGUGAAUACUAUGAGAGAGAAGAAGAAAUUCGCAGAAGGCUGGUUGAAACAAACCGGCUCCUUCAAAUGUCCACAUCAAAGCUUCUUCGUGCCAAUGUCCUACAGGCGUAUAAAGAGAAAGUUGCUGAGGACAGUAGGAAGCAAUUAUUGGAGGAGCUAGAGACAGAAGAAAGGAUAAAGAAGGAGAAAGAAGAGAAAGAGAGAAGAAAGAAGGAGCGGCAAAAAGAGAAGAAACGAUUACAACAAGUGGCUAGAGAAGAAGAGAAGAAGAGAAAGGAAGUUGAAAAGUCAGAGAAGGAGAGACAACAGAAAGAGGAACAGAAACGAAAGGCCGAAGACGGACGAAAGAGAAAGGAAGCAGAGAGAAAGAAAAGGGAAGAGGAGCAGAAAAAAAAGCGAGAAGAGAAACAGAAAAGGAAAGAAGUAGAGCUGGAGAGACUGCAGAAAGAGAAAGAAGAAAGAGAAAGGCUUCAUGGAGAGGAAGAAGAAAAGAAGCUGGCCAAGGCUGAAGCGAAGGCUAAAGCAAAGGUAAGAGCAGAAGCCAAGGCUAUAGCUAAGGCUAAGAUGGAGGCCAAUUCUAAAGUGAGAACAAAAACUAAGGUGGGAAUUGAGGCGGAAAGUAAUUCAGAAAGCAAAGCUAAGAUAGGUCAGAUCAGGCAAACCAAAAUUUCUUCUUCACCUUUAAUGCCCCUUCAGCAGCCCCUUCCUCCAAUGUUACCAUCUCAGGGUGCUCAGGCAGAUUGUCGAUUCACUGGAAGUAGGAUAGUCCGAAAUUCAUCAUCCGGUCCUGCUGCAUUACCUCCUCUGACAAAUGUUCUAGGAGUUUCUAGCCUCUCCGAUUCCUUUACCGCAAAUAUUUCAGGCAUUUCCACUGCAGGCACCAACUCAAACAAUUCGUCAUCCUGGAAGUUAUCAAAUGCGGAUAUUCAAGACCCAUACGAAAGGUCGGCUCUCCCUGAAUUGGGCCUCCCUCUUCCAGGCAGUGACAUUGAUUUGCUUUCGCAGUACCUCUCUAGAGCCUCCGUGGGGGAAACCGGCUCUACAAAUUUGUUAUCCAGACCAUUUGCCGAACUUUCUCCAGCAACAGCAGCCAUCAACACUGCUGCUACUACUGCUGCCACUGCAACUACAGGACAUCCCGCUCCCACUUUAACGCAGCCCUUCUUUAACACCAAUUCGUCCCCUGAGAAGGACAUUUGGAGCAGCAAUACCAGCAACACGGGUACUCCUAUGGGUUCCAAUGCAGCAUUGUCUACUCCUCACAACAACUCCAUCUGGGGUCUUGCCCCCAGUACCACAACCACUGAUUCACCUUCUCCAUGGCUCUCAACCGGCGCCGGUUUGGGAUCUUUUGACCGUGUGACGAUGUUUGAUGCCAGAAAAGUUCAGCUUGAGGUGUUAAAGGCCUCUCCUAACUUACCGAUGGAAAAGAACGCUUUCUAUUCGGUUCCUUUGCUCUAUCACUAUACCAAGUCGUCGCUAUCUGCUGUUUUGCCAAACCUGACUCUUUUGCAGUUUCUGCAGGCUCUUAGUUUCCCUCUCGGUGAUGUGAUCAGCUACUCUUUUGAGCUUGUGAAAGAUGAUCUGGGCAAUGCCAAUUUGGUUAAAAUUGUGAAGCAGGGUCAGCAGCCAACUCCCUUGUUACCUAUACAACAACUACAAGCCACCCAAUCAACACAGCCUACCCAGUUUGGACAGUUUAGUCAGCUUGGACAACUUGGGCAAGCUGGUCAGUCUGGCUUAGCCCAACCCUUUGGAGAUUCUGGCUUGUUCAUGGAUAACUCUUUUUCUCAGUUUGGGAAACCUGGCAUGUCUCCGGAUACCGGUUUUCUGAAUAACACUUGGGGGACAGGACUUCAUUAA